AUGGCAUUUUUUUAUCUAGUGCCAGUGAUACUGCUGGUGAUUCUUGUUGCCUCAUUCAUAUCAGCAAUCAUAAGAACAAUUCAAACUGAGUACGCCAAUUGCAGCAUCCCUCCUGGAGUGAACAAUCCCGGAAAACUUCGACUUAUUGUUGCUGUUUUGAUUGUUACAUCUACUCUGGGCAGGAUUUUUGAGAAGAUAGAGCUGUGCAGCAGCCUGGCCAUCAAGCGCCUCGUGUUCUCCGGGCGGCGGCCGGCCCCGGCCCCGGGGGUGCGGCAGGAGGAGGCGCGGCUCGGGCGGGUGCCCGUGCGGCUGUACCGGCCCCGCGGGCCCUCCACGCGCCCGCGGCCCGCCGUGCUGCUGUUCCACGGCGGCGGCUGGAUCUGCUGCAGCCUCGAUUCCCAUGAAAGGAUCUGCCAGUACAUUGCCGAGGAAAGCGGCGCGCUGGUGGUGUCUGUGGGGUACCGUUUGGCCCCUGAGCACAAAUACCCCGCUGCCUACGAAGACUGUCUGAGCGCCAGCCAGCACUUCCUGCAGCACCUGCAGCACUACGGCGUGGACCCUGCCCGCGUCACUGUCUGUGGGGACAGUGCUGGGGGCAACCUGGCAGCUGCUGUCAGCCAGACCCUGGCAGGCAGGUCAGACCUGCCCAGGCUCCGUGCUCAGAUCCUCAUCUACCCAGGCCUGCAGGCCCUGGACUUCAAUUUACCGUCCUACCAACAGAACCGGGGAGUCCCUCUGCUCUUCCGGGAGCGAGCUGUUUACUAUUCUUUGCAGUACGUACAAGGGGACACAUCAAAUCUGGAAGAGAUCUUGGAAGGCUCUCAUAUUUCUCCAGACAUGAGGCUGCAGUAUCAAAAGUGGGUGAGUGCAGACAUCAUCCCUGAGGAAUUUAAGGUCAGAGGCUACAAACCACACAAGCCCUCUGAGUUCAAGCCUGGACUUUUUGAGAAAGUGAAAAGACUCCGUGAGCCCACGCUGUGCCCACUGCUGGCUGAAGACACAAUUAUCCAGCAGCUGCCAGAAUCUUUCAUCCUGACGUGCGAGUACGAUGUGCUGAGGGACGAUGGCUUGUUGUACAAGAAGAGGCUGGAGGACAAUGGGGUUCCAGUGACCUGGUACCACCUUGAGGAUGGAUUCCAUGGAAUCGUAAACCUGUUUGAUUAUUGUGGUUUGUCAUUUCCAUCUGGGAAAAGAGGAUUGGACAGGGUUGUUGAAUUUAUAAAAGGCUUGUAAAAAGAACUCUCCCUCAUUAUGCUUCUCCCACUAAUGACUCUGCUUAGGCUCUCACACUUCAGGUAAUGCUGCACUGCACGAAUGUGACA